GGGGGCGGAGCUGGUCGUCCCUGGCCGGGACGAAGCCUCCUGAGGUGCCCUGCUUGGGUUCUCCGGGGUAAAGUUCGUUUGAUGAAAGAUUGUCCGUUUCCCUGGUAAGGUCACCUGUCCCAAUCAGGUACGAUUCUGUCUUCCGGACCCGCUGAGACCCUCAGUGUAAAGUGGCAGAUGGUCUAGCCCGGCGGAGGCACCAGCUGAAGACCGCGCGCUGCACCGACCCCGAGAGUGACGGGCGGGCCGCGCACGCAUGCGCAGAGACGCGGCAUGGGCGCGGGAGCCGCGGAACUCCUACCCAAGGCUUUAGCAGAUCAUUGCUAGGAAGAACUCUGGGUACAAUAAUGAAUACAACGUACGUGAUGAUGGCUCAGAUCUUAAGAUCUCACCUGAUAAAGGCUACAGUGAUUCCUAAUCGAGUGAAAAUGCUUCCAUAUAUUGGUAUCAUUAGAAAUAGAAUGAUGUCAACCCAUAAAUCCAAAAAGAAGAUCAGAGAAUAUUAUAGGCUGCUGAAUGUGGAAGAAGGAUGCUCUGCAGAUGAAGUCAGGGAAUCUUUUCAUAAGCUUGCCAAGCAAUAUCAUCCUGACGGUGGCUCUAAUACGGCUGAUUCUGCAACAUUUAUAAGGAUUGAAAAAGCUUAUAGAAAGGUGCUCUCCCAUGUGAUAGAACAAGCAAAUGCCAGUCAGAAUAAAGGUGAAGAAGAAGAAACAGAAGAUGUAGAAAAAUUCAAAUAUAAAACACCCCAACACCGGCAUUAUUUAAGUUUUGAAGGUAUUGGUUUUGGGACUCCAACUCAACGAGAGAAGCAAUACAGGCAAUUUAGGGCAGACCGUGCUACUGAACAAGUGAUGGAAUAUCAAAAGCAGAAACUACAAAGCCAGUAUUUUCCUGAUAGUGUAACUGUUAAAAAUAUAAGACAGAGCAAACAGCAAAAGAUAACUCAAGCUAUAGAGCGUUUAGUGGAGGACCUCAUUCAAGAAUCCAUGGCAAAAGGAGAUUUUGACAAUCUCAGUGGGAAAGGAAAACCUCUGAAAAAGUUUUCUGACUGUUCUUACAUUGAUCCCAUGACUCACAACCUGAACCGAAUACUGAUCGAUAAUGGAUACCAACCAGAAUGGAUCCUUAUGCAAAAGGAAAUCAGUGAUACUAUUGAGCAACUCCGAGAGGCAAUUUUAGUGUCUAGGAAAAAACUUGGGAAUCCAAUGACACCAACUGAACAGAAACAGUGGAAACAUGUUUGUGAGCAGUUUCAAGAAAACAUCAGAAAAUUAAACAAGCGAAUUAAUGAUUUUAAUUUAAUUGUUCCCAUCCUGACCAGGCAAAAAGUCCAUUUUGAUGCUCAGAAAGAAAUUGUCAGAGCCCAGAAAAUAUAUGAGACCCUUAUAAAAACAAAAGAAGUCACAGAUGGAAACCCAAAUAACCUUGAUCAAGGAGAAGGAGAGAAAACACCUGAAAUCAAGAAAGGUUUUUUAAACUGGAUGAAUCUGUGGAAAUUUAUUAAAAUACGAUCAUUUUGAUGUUUACCAGCAUAAAUCAUUCUUAGUUCCACUGACACUUAACAGGGAAAAUGAGAUUUAUUGCUAUAUUAAUUUAAGAACUGUGCCAUUGUACUUUUCACAAAACUAAUCACAUACCCAAUGAUGUGUGAGUGAGACACCUAUCAGGUUUGUCCUGAGGAUAUAGCAAGAAAAUAAAAGAACCUUCUAAAGAAAA